AUUUGAACGGGUGAAACCCCGGGCCACAGAAGUAGAGCAUGUGAACUUAACCACUCGGACAUGGGGCCGGCCCCUCGUAUGUUUUAUUUUCUGUCUCUUCAGAUGUUUUGACUUCUCAGGGGGGCCUCUCAGACAUAGGGAGACCCUGCCCCUCCCAGGGGCACUUCAUUCCACGUUGGCGGUGGACGGCUUGUCUGGAGCAGGCCUCUCAUGUGCAUCCCGCCCGAUCCAGUGCCCUGUCCCUACAGACCUCCUUAUCUGCCUCUCACACGCCAGACGGUAUUCCCCACCCUAAACCCACCCAGGGCCAGGAACCAGAUGACUGAGGACCGUCCCUAGGCCCCAGAGGCUGCUGGGAUUGUUCAAAGCAGCCAGUCCUGAGCUGCUCACUCUGCCCUGACUCACAUUUCCUGUGGGACCCAAAUGAAGGCUGUGGCCUAGGUUUGUGUCCCCCUCCUGAUUCUGCCUCCUGAGCAACCCUGAUGCAGCCCCUGUGACCCUGCCUGGCAUGGCAUCCCCCUUGUCUUGGGAAAUGUAAGUAAUAAAGUUCUUUCAAUGACAUUGGCCUGUCCAUGUUGUCACUUACAUCUAUAAAUUAAAAUCUCAAGGGUACAAAUCAGACGCUGAUCCUGAGGAGAAAGUGUUCAGUGAAGAUGGUGGAGCCACCGUGGGAGGACGGAGUGAGGUCUGUGGGAAUAGAUGUCCUGUUUGUACUGUGUGGUGUGAAGAAGGGUGAAAUCCCUUCCCCAUCUGGAGGGGCUGAGACCCCCUCUUUGGGGUUUGGUUUGGGAGCCAGGAGACACCCCACUACCAGGUGGGAUGGAGUGAGAACAGCGCACUUUGUGAAGACCUGGGCCUGUGAUGAGGACUCAGUGGUCAUUGAGGACGUGGCUGUGAACUUCACCCCAGAGGAGUGGGCUUUACUGGAUCCUUCUCAGAAGAAACUCUACAGAGAUGUGAUGUGGGAAACCUUCAGGAUCCUGGCCUCAGUAGGAAAAACACAGGAAGAUCAUAGUGUUGAAGAUCAGUACAAAAACCAGGGGCAAAAACCAAGAAGUCAUAUGGUAGAGAGACUCUGUGAAAGUGAAGAGGGCAGUCAAUGUGGAGAAAACUUCAGCCUUACUUCAAAUCUCAAUCUGAACAAGAAAACUGCAGGAGCUAAAGCAUGUGAAUACAGUGCAUGUGGAAAAGUCUUAAUGCAUCAUUCAUCUGUUAAUAGACAGGUUGGAUGUCAUAUAGAACACAAACCAUGUAACUAUCAAAAAGAUGGAGAGAAGCCAUAUAAAUGUAAGGAAUGUGGGAAAGCCUUCCCUUUCCCCAGUUUUCUUAAAAUACAUGAAAGGACUCAUACUGAAGAGAAACCCUACAAAUGUAAAAUAUGUGCUAAGGCCUUCAGGUUUUCCAGUAAUGUUCAAGUACAUGAAAGAACUCACACUGGAGAGAAACCCUAUGAAUGUAAAAAAUGCAGUAAAGCAUUCACACAUUCCACUUCUCUUCAAAGACAUGAAAGAUUUCAUACUGGAGAGAAACCCUAUGAAUGUAAAAAAUGCAGUAAAGCAUUCACUUACUCCACUUCUCUUCAAAUACAUGAAAGAACUCACACUAGAGAGAAACCCUAUGAAUGUAAGGAAUGUGGGAAAGCCUUUACAGCUCCAUCAAGCCUUCGAUCACAUGUGAUCUUUCACGCUGGGAAUGGACCUUAUAAAUGUAAGGAAUGUCAGAAAGCCUUCAUUUCUCCCACUGCAUUUCGAACACAUGAAAGGAGUCACACUGGGGAGAAACCAUAUGAGUGUAAAGAAUGCGGUAAAGCCUUCAGAUGUGCUAGUUCUCUUCGACAACAUGAGAGGACUCAUACUGGAGAGAAACCCUAUGAAUGUAAAAUAUGUGGCAAAGCCUUCAGGUUUUCCAGUAAUGUUCAUGUACACGAAAGAACUCAUACUGGAGUGAAAUCUUAUGGAGGUAAAAAAGGGAGUAAAGCUUUCACUUUUCUCACAUCAUUUCAGAGACGUGAGAGAAUUCACACCAGAGAGAAACCCUAUGAAUGUUAGGAAAAUGGGAAAGCCUUUUUUUUCUCAUGAAAACUUUCAAGGAUAUGGAAGCAUGUACACUAGAGGAAAAACCACAUAAAUGUGAAGAAUGUGGGAAAGCCUUCAGGUCUCAUCUAGUUUUCCAGAUACAUAAAAAAAUCUUAUUGGAGAUUAACUGUUAAUGUAAAAAUUGUAGUAAACCAUUUAGUUUCCCAGUUGUCUUCAAACACAUGAAAGAACUCACACUGGAGAGAAACCCUAUGAAUGUCAGAAGUGGGAAAGCCUUUGUUUGUGAUGCAAACUUUUGAGGAUAUUGGAGAAUACACACAAGUGGAAAACCCACGUAAGUGUCAAGAACGUACCUGAACAUAUUUGUCAAUAUGUUUUCAAUAGUUUGAUUCCAUGUCAUUAAGCUAGGUAUAUUUGCUUUGGAAAUGAGCACAUCUGUAGUUGUUUCAUUGAUGUAUUUUAUCAACUGUUCUAAUCCAUUGAAUGCUACUAAGUGUUAUUCUGGUUUUCAUUUCCUCUGAAUAUGUUAAAAUCCAUGUUAAUUAGGGAUUUUCAGAUAUCCCUUGCAGUUUUCUUCAUUUAACCAUUAUACAUUAUGAGUUUAUUUUA